AUGGUUGACUACCGCACUCUAAAGUACAAACGACAGCGCUUUGAGUCUGGAAUUAGGUCCUUGGAAAAGCAAAGGGAAAAGGACCAAGAACAGAAAGAACCCGACCGACUAGUACUGAAGUACAAUGAGUUGGGGUUCCCUGGAGCAGAGUACAACAAAGAGUUUGACGCCCUCUCUACGUCCGAGUUGCAUGAUCGCUUGCGGCAGAUGGCAUCGGAGGAGGGCCGGUAUCAUGAUGUCGCGGAUCUGGUGGAGUAUCUGUUGCGGCAACGGGGGGAGAAGCCGGCGCUGUAUCAUUAUGAUGCGCUGAUAAGAGCGAAUGCAGAUGCGGAGUAUGGGAGUGCGGAGAUUGUGAGGGGGUUGUUGAAUGAGAUGAAGGAGUUUGGUAUUGGUGCUGAUGCGGGGCUUUAUCAUGGUGUUUUGCAGGCCUUAGCUAACCAUCCCGAUUAUCUCCUCCGGAAUGAUGUCUUGGCCGAGAUGAAGCAACGCUGGUUUACUCUUUCGCCGGAAGGAUGUCACAAUCUUAUCAUUGGCCUCCUCCGAGACCGCCAGUUCGAAAAUGCUAUGGAUAGGUUGGAGCAGAUGCAUGCGGAUCAGAUGCGGGUUCAGCCGUGGCUAUAUGAUAUUUUUAUAUGGAAACUCUGCGAGGAGGAUGAGCUUGACGAAGCUUUCAAGAUGUUGAAGUACAGAGUCGAGCAAGCUAUGCAGGAAGUGUCACCAAAAAUGUGGUAUUAUAUGCUUGAUGCCUUUAGCCACGCCUUUCACUAUGAAGGCGCCAAGUACAUUUGGGAAUUGCGCGUCCAGACUUCAAAAAUGAUUCCCUCAGACGGAAUGUGUGUUGCGGUCCUCAAUCUCGCAUCACGACACUCUGAUCCUGACCUUGCCACAUCUGCCAUUCAACUCCUCACCACACGCCGCAGCUCCCUAUUACCAUUCCAUUAUGAAGCGCUCCUCGCUGCCUACAUGGGUGUUAAAGAUCUCAAAACCUCCUUCCGAAUUCUAAACAUCAUGGCCAAAGCCGGACAUCAGCCCGAUGCCAGCACGACCCGUCCCAUCUACUUCUACCUCUCCUCAUCGCCCGAGCUCCCCGCCAAAGCCUGGCAAGUACUUCACGAUCUGCACGAGGACGGGCAUCAGAUUCCCAUCGCAGCCAUCAACGUCGUCCUCGAAUGCUGCGUCGCCGUCGGGAAUUACGACGACUCCAUCAACCUCUACAAGCAAAUGCACACGAUCUGCGACCGCGGCCCCAACACCGACACCUUCAACACGCUGCUCCAAGGCUGCACGCGACGGCGCUCCAAAGACAUCGCCAUGUUCCUCGCAUCCGAGAUGAGCGCGCUAAACGUCAAACCCGACCAGCUGACCUACGACCGCCUCAUCCUCAUCUGUCUCAGCGAAGACGAUUACGAAGACGCCUUCUUGUACCUGGAAGAGAUGAAGGCGGUCGGCACCUUGAAGGAUGAGCAGCGCGGCUGGUGGAUGCGUCUAGGCACGGCGUCCGCGCUGGUCCGCAGAUGUAUCGCCGAGGGUGAUGAUCGUGGAUGGCAUGUCCUGAAUGAGAUGGAGAAGCGCUUUUCUAUCGUGGAAAAGAGGCUGAGAACUUGGGCGGAGCAGAAUUGGAAGGGCUCGUCGGAUUCGAAAAAGUCGGGUUUGAGUGGAGAGGAGAAACUAAAGGAUUGGGGUUCUUAUUAA